AAAAAAAUCAAUUUAAUAGGGUUAUUUUAGUAUGAGGUGCCUGAAAGUAACGUUCGGAGUCGUAAUUUUGAAUUGAAAUUCCAGAGCUCAUUCUUCGGAAAAUUGAAUGUGAUUCUCCACGGCAUUUAUCUGUUCUGCUACGCCUACUACACGAUUCAGCUGCUUCCAAUCUACGCUCAGUUUCUUGUUCAUAGCUCUUCUCUCCGGUGGUAUGAGGAUCUCUUUUGUAUAAUUGGAAUUAGUGUCCGCUAAACUUACCAGUGAUGACCCUUCUAAGUAGAUUUUUCUAUAGAAGACCCCCUGAUGGCUUGCUUGAACUUGAUGACAAAGUAUAUGUCUUAGAUUCUUGCUUUUCAACUGAUGUAUUACCGGAGGAAACUUAUCAGCUCUAUUUGCACAAUAUCAUUACUGAUCUACAUGAAGAGUUCCCCGAAUCAUCGUUUCUUGCAUUCAAUUUCAGAGAAGGAGAGAAAAAGAGUCAGUUUGCUGCGAAUUUGUGCAAGUAUGAUGUUACCGUUAUGGAUUAUCCAAGACAAUAUGAAGGUUGCCCGGUGUUGCCGUUGUCUUUGAUCCAUCAUUUUCUUCAUGUCUGCGAGAGUUGGCUCUCUCUUGGGAAUCAACAGAAUGUUAUCUUACUACACUGUGAGAGAGGAGGUUGGCCUGUUUUGGCCUUUGUUCUGGCUAGUUUCAUGAUUUUCAAGAAAUUGCAUAGUGGAGAGAAGAAAAUUCUUGAAAUGGUUUACCGAGAGGCCCCUAAAGGUUUAUUACAGUUGUUGUCUCCACUGAACCCAUUUCCAUCUCAGCUUCGCUACUUGCAAUAUCUUUCUAGAAGAAAUAUCUCCCCUCAGUGGCCCCCACCUGAACGGGCUCUUUCUUUGGAUUGUCUCAUUCUUCGAGCCAUUCCUAAAUUUGAUAGUAAAAAAGGGUGUAGGCCUAUGAUUCGUAUUUUUGGUAGAAAUCUUCUGAGCAAGGAUGGACUCUCAACUCAAAUGUUAUACUCGAUGUCCAAGAAAGGAAAAGGUCUUAAACAUUACCGGCAGAAGGACAGUGAUGUCAUUAAGAUUGAUGUUCAGUGUUUAGUUCAAGGGGAUGUUGUUCUGGAGUGUGUGCAUCUAGAAAUGGAAACAGAGAGAGAAGUCAUGAUGUUUCGUGUGAUGUUCAACACAGCUUUCAUUCGGUCCAACAUUUUGAUGCUAAGCAGUGAUAACUUGGAUAUCCUUUGGGAUUCAAAGGGGCGUUACCCGAAAGGUUUUCGAGCUGAGAUUUUGUUUGGCGAUGUGGAGAGCAUACCUCCUCCAAGAGCUCCAACUGUGGUUUUAAAUGGGGAGGAGAAAGGCGGACUUCCUAUUGAAGCCUUUUCAAUGGUCCAAGAACUUUUUGGAGGAAUUGAAUGGGUUGAUUCUGGAUCUAAUAAUGAUGAUGCUACUUUAUGGUUCCUUAAACAACUCUCAGUCUUAAAUGACUUGAAGGAUUUAUCCAUGUUGCAAAAUAGGAUUAGUGAAUACUCUUCACCUUUUGAUUCUGAAGAAGAAACCAAUGCGCCUAGUAUUGCCGACAGCUUUGAUGAUCAUUUGUCCGAGGAUUUUUCUAUUGCCAAAAUUCCUGAGGAUCCAAAACAGGAUUUUGUUGAGCCACCUUGUCCACUUCUUGAGAACAAUAAGCAAUCUGAUUUGAGCAUUGGUCCCGAUCGUUCAAAAACGGGACAAGAUCACGAUAGACAAGCUUGUUCUUUGCCCUUAACUUCACCACCUUCAUUACCUCUCUCUACUGAUACUAAUAUAAUUACUUCUAAAUCGUUGGUACCGCCACCACCUCCAUCUCCUCCUCUUUAUGAUUUUCCUAGUAAAGAAGCCUCAUCGCCACCACCACCACCCUUUAUUAGUUGUAGUAAAGAGUGUUCAGCUACCAUGCAACCAUCACCACCACCACCUCCUUCACCCCCACCUGCUUUUAGUUCUAAGGAAGUAUUUGGACCAAAUGCUGUAGAAAACAAAUGUAUUCUAUCAGCUGUACCUCCUCCACCACCUCCUCCUCCGCCCUCUUACAUUUCUCCUAAUUGUCGCCCUCCUCCUCCUUCUCCCUCUCCUAAAGUUUCUUUACCCCUUCCCCUACCAUCAUCAACACUUCCUGUUUCUUCUAAACAACCUCCACCCCCUCCACCCCCUCUUUCCUUUUUUACAGAGGGGCUACCUCAACCUCCCCCGCCUCAUAUCUCUAUUAAAGUCAACCUCCCACCUCCACCACCUCCUCCUCCCCCCGUCUCUUCAAAGAACACUUUGUCACCUCCACCACCACUUCCACCAACACCACCUCCUCUGCCACCUUUCUCUUCAACGAGCACUAUGCCACCUCCACCUCCUCUCCCACCUUCCACUUCUAAGAGGCCUCCACCCCCUCCACCCCCUCCACCACAUGUUUCGUCAAUGCCAAUUAAGUCAAGUCCACUUCCACCAGCACCACCUCCUCCACCACCCGCGGGAGGUUUUCGUCAUGGUUCAAACCCUCCUGCUCCUCCUCCUCCACCGAAUCUUCCUGGUGCACCACCACCACCACCACCACCUCCAAAGCUUCCUGGUGCACAUCCUCCUCCUCCAAAGCAUCAUGGUGCACCACCCCGACCACCACCUCCAGAGCUUCCUGGUGCACCACCUCCACCACCACCACCAAAGCUUCCUGGUGCACCACCACCUCAAAAGCUUCCUGGUGCACCACCACCACCUCCAAAGCCUCCUGGCGCACCACCUGGUGGGAAGGGCUCUAGUGCACCACCUCCCCCACCUUCAUCUACUGCAAGGGGAAGAGGCUCUAUAGGAUCAACUAAUGGCAAGAGUCGACCUGCAAUUGGAUCUACUAUUCCCCCCAAAAAAGCUUCAUUGAAGCCUUUACAUUGGGUCAAAGUUACAAGAGCGUUGCAAGGUAGUUUAUGGGCUGAUACACAAAAGCAGGAAAACCAAUCAAGGGCACCUGAAAUUGAUAUAACAGAGUUGGAAAAUCUGUUUUCGGUAGCUUCUGCAUCAGAUGGCAUCAAUAAAGUUGGAGGUCGGCGUGGUUCAAAAAUAAACAAACCUGAGAAAGUACAAUUGGUUGAGCACCGAAGAGCAUACAAUUGUGAAAUCAUGCUUACGAAAAUUAAGAUUCCCCUGUCUGAUAUGAUUAAUGCCAUUCUGGCUCUGGAUUCAUCAGCACUGGAUAUUGAUCAGGUUGAAAAUCUAAUAAAGUUUUGUCCAACAAAAGAAGAAAUGGAGACCUUGAGGAACUACACUGGGAACAGGGAAAUGCUUGGCAAGUGUGAACAGUUUUUCUCAGAGUUGAUGAGGGUACCGCGAGUUGAAUCGAAGUUGAGAGUUUUUGCAUUUACUAUUACGUUUUCAAAUCAGGUUAAAGACUUGAGAACUAACUUGAAUAUAAUUAAUGAUACUGCGAGAGAGGUAAAAGAAUCUGGGAAAUUGCGGCAAAUAAUGCAGACCAUUCUAACCCUGGGAAAUGCACUGAAUCAGGGCACUGCACGAGGAUCUGCCGUGGGGUUUAAAUUGGAUAGUCUGCUUAAACUUUCCGAUACUCGUGCAAAAAACAACAAAAUGACUCUAAUGCAUUAUCUGUGCAAGCUGCUCGCAGAGAAAAUGCCUGACCUGCUUGAUUAUGGGAAGGAUCUUGUUCAUUUGGAAGCAGCUGCUAAGAUCCAGUUGAAGUCUUUGGCUGAAGAAAUGCAAGCAGUUAGUAAAGGGCUUGAGAAGGUUGAACAAGAACUUACUGCGUCUGAGAAUGAUGGUGCUAUAUCUUUUGGCUUUCAAAAGGUCUUGAAAAGUUUCCUUAAUACUGCUGAAGCUGAUGUUAGGACUCUAAUCACCCUGUAUAGUGAAGUGGGGAGAAAUGCAGACUCUCUAUCACUGUAUUUUGGAGAGGAUCCAGCGCGAUGCCCUUUUGAACAAGUGACACAAACUUUAGCGAUCUUCACCAAGAUGUUUAACAAGUCACGUGAUGAAAAUGCACAGCUGGCGGAUGCUGAAAGGAAAAAAUUGGAGAAGGAAGCGUUGAAGGAACAGGCUGCUAGUAAGAAAGAAGCAGAUGCUGACAGAGAUCUGCUUCGUCAGAUUAAUAACACCCGGAUUCAGAGAUCUUCCUAGUAUUAUAAAUCGAUGUUUUUUAUUAAUCUGUCUUUCCAGCUCAUAGGUUUUUUCAUUAGUUGUGCAUAAAUAUGCAUAUAUUUAUAUUUUCAUCAGUCAGUAGAUUAGCAAUAUUUUCUUCGUUUUACAUUCACCUUUCUUUUUGUAUCUCACAAAAUGAGUGGAUGCCCAGUAGUUUAUGAGGGUUAUCCAUAUAUUUCUCAAUAACAUUCAUGUAUAGAAAUGAAAUUAGAUGAAUGAUCCAAGUCAGUUUCUUCUCACUUAAUCGGUUACUCUCCUCUUCAGUA